GACACCCUUUCCGAGUUCAGAGUGAACCACCCGAGCUUCUCCAUCACCACAGCCAUGGAAAUAUUUCUACCUGGGUUUUACUGCAACAGCACAAUCUGAUGGAGUUAAACAGUUAAAUAUGGGUAUGAGCUGGAUAUAUGUUUUCAGCUUUAAAUUCUGAGGAAUGAACAACACUGUGAUCAUCUUCUCCUGCUCCCUGUGUCCUCUUUCCUACACAUCUCAAAUUGACUUUGAUGACCACGUCAAGACGUGCCACUAUGAGGAAUCAAGAGAAAUUAAAUAUGAAAACAUGAUGCUAACGGGAUGCUCCAGUAGUGAGCAGAACACUGGUGGUAAUUUACUUUCCACUAAUCACAAUCCACUGGAGGAAGGCUUUCACCAAUACCCAGGUUGUGUGAACAGUUUUUCUCAAGAGAGUGAUCUCAAAACACGCCAAGACCUCCAUAUAGGAGAGAAGCCGUAUCACUGUUUGGAGUGCGGGAAGAGUUUUAAUCACCGCAAUACUCUCCGCCAACACCAGCGCAUUCACACGGGUGAGAAGCCAUAUCGCUGCUCGGAGUGUGGAAAGAGUUUCAACCACCACACUAAUCUCCAGACACAUCGACGCAUCCAUACAGGAGAGAGGCCGUACCACUGCUCAGAGUGUGAGAAGAGCUUUACUCACCACAGCGCUCUCCAGCGACACCAGCUCAUUCACACGGGAGAGAAGCCGUACCACUGCUCAGAGUGUGGGAAGAGUUUUAAUCGGCAAACCAAUCUCAAAACGCACCAACGCAGUCACACGGGAGAGAAGCUGCAUCAGUGCUCGCAGUGUGGAAAGAGCUUUUGUCACAGAAGUGCUCUCCAAACACACCAGCGCAUUCACACGGGAGAGAAGCCGUAUCACUGCUUGCAGUGCGGCAAGGGCUUUGCACAGCUUGGUCAUCUUCAACAACACCAGAACGUCCACUCAGGAGAAAAGCCGUAUAAUUGCUUAUACUGUGGGAAGGGUUUCGCACAAGUGGGUCAUCUUCAAAAACACCAGACCGUUCACACAGGAGAGAAACCGUAUCACUGUUCACAGUGUGGGAAGAGUUUUACUCAGCCGAGUACUCUCCAAACGCAUCUGCGUAUUCAUACGGGAGAAAAGCCGUAUCAGUGUUCACAGUGCGGGAAGAGUUUUACGAAAAGAGGCACUCUCAAAGCACACCAGCGCAUUCACACGGGAGAGAGACCCUAUCAGUGCUCUCAGUGCGGGAAGAGCUUUACACACCUGCUUAGUCUCCAGAUACACCAGCGCAUUCACACAGGAGAGAGACCGUAUCACUGCUUACAGUGUGGGAAGAGUUUUAUUCGCCAAACGUAUCUCCAGAUACAUCAACGCAUUCACACGGGAGAGAAGCCGUAUGUCUGCUCACAUUGUGGGAGAAGUUUUAGUCAGAUAAACACACUCAAAACACACCAGCGCAUUCACACAGGAGAGAACUCUGAUGCACGUGCAUGAAAAGUUUUACAGACUGCAUAAACUGCUCUAUAUCUAUAUCCAGAUAACAGAGACUUGUUUCGGCCAGUUACAGUCAAUCACGGCUCACGUUCUCGUCCUCCUGCCUACAGGAGCAGAAAAUGCACCAUUCGUUCACAUGGCUGCUCCCUGGGUGUUCGUGCAGUGCUGAAUGAAACGUUAAUUUCUCCUCAGUAACUGCUUUAUCAUCAUCAGGGUUAUGGUGGUUUAAAUAUCAAAAUUGUUUAUAGUUGGGGGGGAAAGUAACGAGCUAAAUUUGCCAGGAAGUAUGAGCAGAUGUGAUUGGUCAGCCUCUACUGUAGACCAACUACAUGGAUCCUUGAUUCAGUGUUGCCAGUUUAGUCACUUUAUCACUAGAUUUAGCAAAUUUUCAACCUUCCCAAGUGACUAAUAAUCUGAUCCGAAGACUAGUGACAAAUCUGGUGACUUCUCACAAUUUUGGCAACCUCCGUUCUCGUUGAGCAACAGCAGAAAUCACUGAUUUGUGAAAAAAAUGUCACGUCUGCCGUCUUCCCUGCCCUAGUCCUCUUUAAAAAAAAAACAGCCAAACAAAAUAUCCAGCCUACAAGAACAUAGAGAACAGGAUCCCGUUCAGCUCCAUGACAUGUACGCUACCGUUCAAAAGUUUGGGGUCACUUUGAAAUGUCCUUAUUUUUGAAAGAAAAGCACUGUUCUUUUCAAUGAAGAUCACUUUAAACUAAUCAGAAAUCCACUCUAUACAUUGCUAAUGUGGUAAAUGACUAUUCUAGCUGCAAAUGUGUGGUUUUUGGUGCAAUAUCUCCAUAGGUGUAUAGAGGCCCAUUUCCAGCAACUCUCACUCCAGUGUUCUAAUGGUACAGUCAGUGCGUUUACAUGCACAUCCAAAUCGAGCUACUGUCGGUAAUCGAGCUAAGGGUCCCAGCAGGGGUGCCAGAGAAAUCCAAUCCUACAUGCACACAAGGAAAUCGAGCUAUUGUGUGAGGUACAUUGUGCACCCGAGCCACAGGUGGCGCUACACGCCCCAUCGUGUUGGUACACUUCCGGUUGUCAUCAUGAAGAAGAGCUAUUCAAGAGUAUAAACAAAGUUCUCCUUGUUCCUCCUGACCUCUUCUGCUGCUCGCUACUACUACUGUUGUCAUGCCGACCGAGGCUGUUGUGUUUCUCGCUUGUGGUCUCGUCACUCGUCACUUCCGGAAGGUAGCUCGGCUACAAUCGCAUAAUCUAGGUCACGUAGCUCGAUUACGAGAAAUCCAGUUCGGUUCGAUUUCAGCCGAGCUAAGGUGUUUCCAUGGCAUUUAGAACUUCGAUUUCAGUCGAGCAACGGCAGAAAUGCGAUUUUCUCUAUGUGCAUGUAAACGCACUGAGUGUGUUUGCUCAUUGCCUCAGAAGGCUAAUGGAUGAUUAGAAAACCCUUGUACAAUCAUGUUAGCACAGCUGAAAACAGUUGAGCUCUUUAGAGAAGCUAUAAAACUGACCUUCCUUUGAGCAGAUUGAGUUUCUGGAGCAUCACAUUUGUGGGGUCGAUUAAAUGCUCAAAACGGCCAGAAAAAUGUCUUGACUAUAUUUUCUAUUCAUUUUACAACUUAUGGUGGGAAAUAAAAGUGUGACUUUUCAUGGAAAACACAAAAUUGUCUGGGUGACCCCAAACUUUUGAACGGUAGUGUACAAUUUAGAUGUGGUUACAUAUUGUGUGAUGUCAUCACACAAUCUAAUGAUUUUCAGCAAAAUUUCAGAGCGCCAAUAUUGACUUCUGGUGUGAGGUUUUUUUUUUUUCCCCCCCAACGCUGCUUUGACUUGAUAUCAUCCAAGUCAUCUUUUGAGUUGUUAUUGAUCAGUGAUUCAUCAGUAAGUCAUCACCAGUUUUUGUAAGCUAGACAUUGUCCUUUCUGGAAGAAUCACAUAACCGAAUCAAUGCUGGUUAAAGUGGUCAGUGACGUACUUUCUACUUGUUCCUCUCAGAUUAUGGAUACGUCUUAAUUGUGGAAUAAGUGCUGCAUUUUAAUGUACUAAACAUGGUAGUUUAAGGCUGGAAACAUUCUUGUUUGGUGUAGAGCUUUCUUGAUGGACAUUUUCCCAGUUUAUUAGCAGUAAUUGAAAUUAUUCAGAGACUAAAAAUGCAACGUUGUCCCACAUGGUUCCCUGUAGGAGGUGCUCCCCACACACACACCUUUCCUUCUUCCUUAAUAGGUGCUUUCGGACAAAACAAUUCUAGGGGCGUAUUAGGAGGAACUACCCCCUGGGGAUCUCUCCCAAGAACUACAUACUGUACCUUCAAAGGUUUUGUUUUUCUUUCUGUUUGUAUUCCCACCACCAGUAGGAACACUGAAGUGAUGUAAGGUGGCUUGUGUGACUUCGGCAAGAAAUGCUAGCAAAGAUUUUUAUAUUUCGCUUAGAUGCAUUGCAGUCGUACUUUAUUUCCUCCUUCGCAUACACGCUCAAAGUCUGGACUUCACUGUUGGUCCAUGUGUUUGGUUUUAAAUAAUGUUAACAUUAAGAGCUGUUAUUUACACGGCUAAUUUUUAUAUGGAUUUUUAAAAAUGGUGGUUUCUGGUGCUCCACUGGCUCAUGUUUGACCAAUCACCCAAAAAUUACAUUCUAAGAACUACAACCGUCCUCGGUUCCUGUAGUGCAGAGACACUGAAAAAGGAGGAACUUCUUCCAAAGAACAAUACUAGAAAGCGCCUAAUAUCCACCCCAUUGGACAUGGCUUCACAUUUAACUCCCACGUAUCUCAAAAAGUGACCUGUGAUUUCAGAAGGGUAUCCAAGCUUGCACACAGGCUCACCCUACAUGAUGUUGAAAAACUAGUACAGUCCGUACUUUUAAUAAAAUCCAUAUUAGAUGUAAUGUAAUGAUGUAAAUAUUGCACAGUGUGUUGCUGCUGUGCUGUCGGUUUAAUUUAAAAAAAAAAGCUUCAGCAGCUCACAUCCUCCCCAGGAAACAUACGCAAGUCAGAGCUACACCCACUGUGUCUUAACAUCUGCAUUGACUAUAACGUCCUGCUUACGAUGUUUCGAUUCACAUUACAUUAAUGGCAUUUAGCAGAUGCUCUUAUCCAGAGAGAUGUAUAACAUACCCGGAGCAGCCUGGGGGUUAGGUGCUUUACUCAAGGGCACUUCAGCCAUUCCUGCAGGUCCAGGGAAUCAAACCGGCAACCUUUUGAUCCCAAAGCUGCUUCUCUAACCAUUAGGCUAACAUGGCUUCUCCUGGCACUUUGAACAAUGAACGUCAUCAUAAAGCUCUGAAUGGUUGCACUUCUGAAAUAUUGCACACUCUGAGCGCUUCAUUCAGAUACUGUUGUUCUCAUCACCGCUCACACAUCAGCUGCUUGGAAGUCAUUUUCAUAGUUUUAUGUCGCUCGUGGUAUUCGUGUAGAUUUUCAACUAAGUGUCUUGCUGCAUGUACUGUUAGGGUUAUGUGUAAAGCACUUUAGGGUUUGGAAGUCAAAAUAAAGAAUGUCGUAAUAAAGUUCUUGUCUCACCACAGCCCUGAUCAGGAUAAAGCAAUUGCAGAAGGUGACCUGAAUUAUUUAUUUAGUUUUUAAAAAGAAAAUUUUGUGGAUAUCCCCGUAGCUACCCCGUAUAUCCCUGGGUGAAGGCCAAGGUAUCAGGGCAGGUUUCUACAUGUGUUUUGAGAAAUUUCCUGACUGUGUUUUAUUAUUGGUGCUUUUUGUAAUGUAAUUGUUGUGUCGUGAGAGGGGGAGAGAGAGAGAGAGAGAGAGAGAUGACUCCUGUGCAAGAAACAACAGAGACGAUGACCAGCUUAUCCAUUCUCCACAGGUGGUGUAUUUCAUGUGCCUGAUCUGUGUUUUUGUGUAUUUUAUAUGUAAGUUGUCUCUGGUAUGGCGAUGUCUAUAAUGUAUCUGAUUUUGUUUUGUUUGUUGAUCAGUCAGAUAUCAGGUCUUUUAUGGUGGAUGGUUCUAUCCAUCACUAUGGUUUUAUCAUAGUACAA